GCGAAUCUGUCAAAAAUUUUCACGGGACAAGCAGCAGUGCGCGUCGUGAAAUUUUUCUGGUGGUGAAAAAUCGUGAUUUUGUGCCGGAAAAACCUUUGAAAAUGGUAUCGAAACACAAGGACCACGGUCGCGACCGUAAUCGUGAUGGAGAAUCAAGCCACUCGCACGGCGUAUCGCGCGAUAGAGACCGUGAUCGGCGCAGAUCUCGUUCCAAAAGCCGGCACCGUGAUAGAGACCGAGACCGGGAGAGGGAUCGUGAGCACCGGCGAAGGAGUAGAAGCCGUUCGCGAGAUCGCCGCCGUCGCAGUCGGUCCCGCAGCAGGGACCGGAGGCGUUCGCGGGAUCGUGAGCGCUAUGAUCGGGGAAACAGUCGAGCAUCGGAUCGGUCGAAUCGUGCCCGUGAGGAAAAUCACGACACGGAGAGCGCAUACGAUUACAAGGGUAUCGAGUUUACCCAGAGCGUUAUCGAGUCGAUGAUGUCAACGGCGGCCAACGCGAAAAGCUUUGCCGAGCUGCUGAACAGCUACAACCAGCAGCAGCAAAUCCAACAGCAACAGCAGCAAAUUCAGGCCCAGAAGGCGCUGCUGGAGGCUCAUCACGAGAGCAACCAGUCGGAAGCGGGAAGAGAUGGUCCGAGUGGCAGUGGCAGCAGCAGAUCCGAUGAUGCUGAACGCCGCCGGAAGAAGAAAUCCCGUUGGGCGGGCGGAGAUCACGAUAAAACCUUCAUUCCCGGAAUGCCCACGAUUUUGCCAGCAGGGAUGACACAGGACCAACAGGAAGCAUAUUUAGUUCAACUGCAAAUAGAGGAAAUCAGUCGGAAGCUACGCACCGGGGACCUGAUGAUCCCGCAGAAUCCGGAAGAAAGGUCACCGUCGCCGGAGCCAAUUUACAGCAGCGAUGGCAAGAGGUUGAACACACGUGAGUUCCGGACAAGGAAAAAGUUGGAGGAACAGCGUCAUCAGCUGAUUACACGGAUGCAAUGCAUGAAUCCGGAGUUUAAACCUCCAUCGGAUUACAAGCCACCGGUGAUUCGCGUCAGUGACAAAGUGCUGAUUCCCCAAGAGGAACACCCGGAUAUCAAUUUUGUUGGUUUACUAAUCGGGCCGCGCGGUAACACACUCAAGGCCAUGGAAAAGGACACCGGCGCCAAGAUCAUAAUUCGUGGCAAAGGAUCCGUAAAGGAAGGCAAAGUGGGACGCAAAGACGGUCAACCACUGCCAGGGGAGGACGAACCGCUGCACGCCUUUAUCACCGCCAGCAAUCCUGAAGCGGUGAAAAAGGCAGUCGAUCGCAUUAAGGAUGUUAUCCGGCAGGGCAUAGAAGUGCCGGAAGGUCACAAUGAUCUCCGAAGGAUGCAACUUCGUGAACUGGCGCAACUGAACGGAACCCUGCGCGAAACCGAUGGACCCCGUUGUACCAAUUGUGGCUCCAACGAGCACAAAACGUGGCUGUGUCCAGACAAACCGAAUAUCACCAACAAUAUCGUGUGUUCUUCGUGCGGUGGAGCUGGCCAUAUUGCCAAGGAUUGCCGAAGCAAACGACCUGGGCAGGGUGGUCCUCCAACGAGCAACAACCAGGCCAAGAUCGACGAGGAAUACAUGAGUCUCAUGGCAGAACUUGGCGAAGGACCUCCACCAGAGUCGAACAACCAGCAGAAUUCGCAAUCAUCUAGAUCUUACGGUCUGUUUGAACCCAGGCAGGCACCGCGCCCGCUUAUGCAAACUCCGCAUCUCCCGCCUCCACAUGCCGCUCCACCAGCGCCACCAACAACCGCGGCCCCUAUGUCUCUGGCUCCGCAAAUGGGUCAAUGGAGCUUGCCUCCCAUUCCUGGUCCGCCACCUCCACCGCCGGGAGUUCCCUCUUUGAUGUCCUGGGGUCAGCAGCCACCUCCACCGGGCGGAAGUCCAGAUGUAAUGCCACCGGGAACGGCUCCGCUUCCACGGUAUCAACAAAGCUACCCGCCACCACCGCCAGGAGUUUCGCAACCGCUAGCACCGGGUACCUCUCCAGUUGGAAUGCCCUCUUGGAGUGGGAAUGGCGCAUCGGCAGGUCCACCACCACUCAUGCCACCAGGUUCGUGGCAACCCCCGGGAGGAGCUCCAGGAACAGGUUUCAUUCAACCGCCACCGAUGCCAGUCGGCUUGCCGCCGGCUCAUCUUUUAAACGCUCCUCCUCCCCCACCACCCCCAUCGUAAGUGGUCACGCGGAAAGUAUGGACGUGCUUUUUAACUUUCGUCGAAAACUAGCAGGUGGUAAAAAGAUUUCCCAUUUCUAUGGGAUAUAGACAUAGUGCUACAAUUUAUACUACGACAUAAUGUUUCGUGACUAAUCCCUAAAAACUUGAAUCAAAAAGAUAAGCUUGCUGUACCUAUUUAAUUGAUAGACCGAAUAAAAUUAGCUCUUAAUAUAACACGAA